AUGGGCGAAUUCAUAGGCGGCUCGCUCAAGCUCAAGGGCAAGAGCGGCAAGAAGAAGCGCUCGUCGACAUCGGACGCUUCCCUCCACGAGUUGCCAAAGGGCAGCGCGGUAGCGCGGACUGAGCAGGACGAAGCGCGAAAGACGAAUGAGCGCAGUCAGAGCCCUCGGACAGGGACAAGCGAGAUAGCUCAGAAAGCUCGCUAUGCCCCGCCGCACAAGACUGCUGCUGAGCUGAGGUUCGAAGAGACUCAGAGGAAGCGCCUCGCGGACAAGGUGGCAAAGCAAGCCCAGGUCACUCACAAGGAUCGUGUGGCCAGCUUCAACAGCAAGCUAGAGAGCCUGUCAGAGCACUACGACAUUCCCAAGGUCGGACCUGGCUAA